AUUGAGUGCCAUCUUGGAUUGAGUGCGAGGCAUCCGCGGCUUUUUUUGCGGUCUUACCUGGCAUUUGUUAAUUAGUCCCAUUGUUGAUUAAUCCGUAUUGUUGGUGGAGACUGUUUGUGUGGUGAUGCAUUUCCAGGGGAUAAUCAGUCGUUCCAUCUGUGACACCAGGCCCCGGCCAGUUUACUAACCCUUUUCAAACCUUAAACCACGUCUCCAGGGAUUUUGAAUAGAACUGUCUGCAUUGUUGAAUCAUCAGGAGGCACUCUGAGAGGAACUGGUCAAGAUGGAGGGCGACGAUGGCCCCGUGGUCAUCAACAACAAUCCUAGUGUGAUCAAAGCUGCUCAGGAAGAGAUGGGUCGCCUGGACGUGCUGGUGUGUGGCCAGUGUCACUCUGUGUUCCACUUCAUCGAGGAGUUCCAGGAGCACAGGUCAAAAGAGGGUGCUUGUUCAAAGACCUCGCACUUCCGUGAUAAUGGUAAUAACGAGCAGAAGGCACAGGUGUGGGCAUUCCUUUUGUGGAAGGACUCGCAGAUCCAGCAGGAGGGACAGGACAGAGACUCCGCCAACUCGUGGAAGUUGUACCAGAAGUGGUGCAAAAUGGAAGCGAACAUUCGUGAGUCAUGGGUGACAGCGGGCAAGACAAUUCAGAAUUUCACGAGAAUCAGUAACGCAAAGAUGCAGGAGGCACCACGUCAGGGUGCUGAGGGUGUAAAAUCCACAGUUGUCGUGAGAAAAGUCAUCAGAAAUGGUCAACCAGAGGACAACGACGCGAAGAAAUCACCAAAGGUGGAGUCAAAGCCCGACGCGCAGCCCCAGGUAAUCCAGGACCCGAAGAAGCCAUCGCAACGCCCCAAGACCUUCGUCAAACCCAAGACGAAGCCAGGGAAGAGUCCUGGUGAAGAGGAGGAGGAGAAUCAGGAGGAAUUCUCAGUCGAGAAGAUAAUGGCGAAGCGAUUCAACACGAAGAAGAAGUGCGCGGAAUUUUUACUCAAGUGGGAGGGCUACAGCACAGAGCACAACUCCUGGGAAUCAGCAGAGGUAGUGAACACGUGUAAGUACCUCCUGGAGGAAUUCGAGAGAAAUCUUGCGAAGCAGAAGGAGCUGAAGGAGCUCAAGGCCCAGCAGCAGCUGCAGCUGCAGCAGCAACAGCAGCACCAGGGUGUCACUAAAGUCGUCAGCAGGCCAGUAAUUCAGAAGACACUGAUAAAACAGGAGGUGAGUAAACCUGGGCCCAGUACAGCAGCCCAAACAGUCAGGCCAAUGCGAUCCAGCAAAUCCAAGGCAAUGGAUCAGGUGAAGCAGUGGUGUGGCACAAUGAAGGAUGAGGAGAGUGAUAUACUUGGUAAAAGGAGAAUGGAGUCGACGGAUUCCGACUCUGAGGAUGCAACAGCACCGAAGAGGGCGAAGGGUGACACUGGGAGUGAUGAGGAUUGGACUGGUGAGUCUGAGGAGGAAAGACUCAUGGGGAGGAGUGAUGUGAUACAGAGGGCAUUCAACAGGGCGAAUGCACAGUCAAAUGGCUCGAAUAAAACUGUUGCAUCUGAGGUGACAGCCCAGACACCAGUCCUCGUGGCAAAUGCCAAGGGUGUCGUCAAGGUUGAUCCCAAGCAGAUGGGAGAUUUGUCCUCUGGGGUUUACGUAUUGUCCAGGAAGGAGGGAAUUAUUAAAUUGGACUCAUCACCCAGUGGUAAGAUAUCGGUUAAGGGUGCACCUGGGGGUCAGGGUGUCCUCAUGGUGCAGAAUCGAGAGGGUGGGACUGUUGUCAGGAAGCAGGUGCUAUCAGCUGCUCAGGCUAAUUCAAUAACACCUGUUAAGGUUGUGUCUAAGGCUGAUGGUAGUCAGGUUGUUACACAGAUGAAAGUCAUAUCGAAGGCAGUGACACCGAAACCCAGGACUCCAGUGUCAGCCAAGAUUGAGCCUGUGAAAAUCCAGCCGAAGCCAGAUCCCACGCAAAUCCAGCCAAUUCAUCUGGUGACAACUGUCCAGCAGCCGAGGAUAACAGCGACACCACCAGUGCGUCCUCAUCUGGUGAAUCAAGUGCAGAAGACGCAGGACUCACGUCCUCUCCUCCCGAGGCCGACGAUUCGACAGGCAACGCCCACCAGUGUUCUCGGUGUCACUCAGGUGAGGACGCCAGUCAGGGCACCUGCACCCAAGGCUUCACCUCAACCCCAGCCACGUCAGACCAUCACCAAACGAAUAAUUACCACGUCAUCGUCACCCCAGAGCCCCCAGAUCCGAGCAAAAUACACGGUUAUGACGCAAUCUGGUCCGGUGGUGAAGACUCUGCCAUCGGUGUCACCGAAGGUAUCACCGAAACCAGUUGCCAAGCCCCAGAGUCUUCUCUCACCCCAGCAAAAGCUAUUCAUGGCUAAACGAAAAGCUCAGGAAGCUGCUGGUGUCGUUGGUACGACAAAAUCACCAGUUCGCACUGUUGUGGCGUCACAGAGUAAACAAAUUCCAAAGGGCAGGGGUAAACCACCAGCUGUUCAGACGACUAUUAAACCCAAGGAGACUAAAAUCGUCGAGAGUGAUGGAUUGCACAUGGAGUUCCAGGAGGUGGGAUCGGAGGACAGCAGUGAGGAGCACGAGGCACCAGCACCUGAGGCUGAUGCUGGUGGACAUCAAGUGGGACCUGAAAGCCCAAGACCAUUCACACUCUGUCCACUUACUGGUAGAAUUAUUGGGCCCGAUGGUGAGCCUAUGGAGACUGGUGAUGGGCCUGAGCCUGAGCCUGUCAGUUUAACAACAGCUGCUGGACUUCAGGCUGUUGUUACACCGGUUACAGCAGCUGGUAAUUUACCUGGUGAUUCGGCUGUUGGUGUUGCUGGUACACCAACGACGACUGAAUUGAUUUUACCCACGCUGGAGUCACUCAGUGAAGCUGGUGGUGUGAUGAGGGUUGAGAUGAGCCCUGGAGGCACCACUGGGACUAUUGUCCAGGGUGAGCCUGGGAUCAGUCUAGCUGGGGUAUCUGGCGGCAAUGAUCUGCCGUGUCUUGAUGACACUGUCACGACUGCUGUCAGUACUAAUGUCUCGACUGUUACAACAUCGGCUGGUGGACAAGUGAUGGGACAGGCUGAUCCUAAUGUACCAACGACUUCUGUUGUCUCUUCGGCACCUGGUGAAAUAACACCUGAUGUCAAGGACGAGGAGAGGAGGGUCGAGGAUCAGGGGAAUCUUGUUACUAUCACUGGUGAGGAUGGUGUUGUUUAUCAAGUUGCUGGACAUGCUGAGGAUGGACAGACGUUGCUCGUUACUCGUGCUGCUGAUGGUGAGCAGCAGUGCGUUUAUGUCACCACUGAUCAGCAGGGAGAGGAUGGAUCCGUUUUGACACUCGAUCAUGCUGUCGCUGAGGCUGUUGCUCAGCUCAUUCCUGAUCAGGUUAAUUUGACACCCCAAUUUUACGUCAAGGAGGGAGAGGAAAAUACUGGAGAUAAUCAGAUGGUGAUGAGCAUCAUGGAGGGAAAUGCUACACAGAGUCAGGAAGAUCCUGAUGGACAGGCACAGGUCGUUGCUCAGGUCGUGCAGGCUGAUGAUCCUACCCCAGGAGGCACGAGACGAGUCGUCCUUCUGCUUCCUGAUGGCAACCUGAUGAUGACAGAAGUCGACGAGGAGCAGUACGCAGCCCUGGAGUUGGAUAAAUGAGUGGAAUAGUGUCAGAUCGAUGUGUAACUCCCAAACCUCGAGAAUAAUGAAGAAACAAGAAAUGUUGUUGAUGUAUAUAUGUAAGAAUGUUUGAACCUCGUGGCCCGAGGAAGACAGAGGCCCUGGUGAAGCUUCAGCUCCAGGGUAUCUUCAUCGAGACUGUGCAGGUACAAAAAUUAAAAAAAAAAACCCACCAACACCUGAUCAAUUGACGAGGGUGAACAGACAUCUGAAUAAAUCCCCCACAGAAUUAAUGAUGAUAAAUAAUUAAUCUAGGGAAUAGAUUGAAAAACGUACUCUAGACGUUUAUGUUUCAGUGUAUAAGAUAAAACUAUUAUUUCUUGCGUUUUAAUUUUUACUGAAUAGUCUUUAUCAACAUUUAAAUAUAGAAUUCAUCACUGAGAAUGAGGGAAGUGGUAUUUAAAUUUGGGAAAUGGUAUGAAACCAACGAUUUUGAUUGCCUAUCGGUAAUCACCCUCUCCUCUGUUUAUUAAGGAAUCAAAUAAGACGAUAAGUGUAGGUACUCGAUUAAUCAAUCUCUUCUUUUUUUUCGAAUUGAUGAUGAGAAAUUAAACAAGUGAGUGAGUCUGUGAGAGGUUCUGUGUGUGAGAAGUCUAAGCUAAAUGAUGUACGAGUAUAAUAAAUGCAUUCUUACACGGAUAA